CUUGCGUUCAUCCUGUCCAUUCCCUACUAUGGCUUAACCCCACCGAUAGCGCGCCUCCGAGUUUCCCUCGAUCCUCUUCUGUUUUCUUGUGAACUCUCCUCCCCUCCCUCCACCAACCCGCACUUGCAUUUCUUCAUGACGGCCCGGACCCCUAACAGGGCGACUGGUGCCCCAGAAAAUGCAAAUCCCACGGUUCGAGACCAAACGCUGCAGGAUCAGGGGGAACGGAGUGAAUCGCCCGCCUUACCAAGCCUGACCAACAAGAAACGCCCGCGAUCCCAACCGGACAACACCUCCAGUCCUGCCUGCAAUCAAUGUCGCACGCGGAAGAUUCGCUGUGACCGACAGCAACCAAAAUGUUCCAACUGCCGCCGGGCGGACGUCGAAUGUGACUUUGCCACUACCCCGAAGCGCGUCGACCGCACCAAACAACUGCUGAAUGAUUUCAACGGGGUCGUGGCCCGCCUAGACCGGGUGGACAAUUCGCUGGCGAAGCUAUCCGAGCAGCUGCAGCAACAGCAGCCAUGUCGGUGCUCCCACUCCCCGGUCCCAUCGCAGGUCGAUAAUCCUUGGGGAGCGCCCGAGCCCGCAGCCAUCUACACCACAUAUACCCCAAAGAGCUCCACCUCGUGCCGAUCCCCCCACCUGAUGGACGUCGACAGUUCCGAAGACCGCGAUCCGGACAUUUCCCACGGCGAUCUUGUCGACUUUGACCAGGGAGGCCAACGCCUGCUGGACUACCCAGCCGCAUUGUCACUGUUUAAGAACCUGCAGCGACAGAUUACCCGGUGCCUGACCAAGGAUGUGCCGCAAGGGUCGGAAUUGUGGCAAGUGGUCGCCCAGCAACCCGGGUUCAAAGAAAGUUUGGAAUCUCAGCUGGAGCGGUUCCCCUUUGGUGGUCAAUGUCACGAACCCGUCAUCGUGAGUGAUCACCGACCUAUCAGUACACCGCCUCGCUACCUAUUAGAGCUGUCCUUGGAUGGCUUCCUUCGCCAUAUCAAUAUCCAUACGCCCAUUUUCAACGACUCCUCUCUAGAGAAAGCCAUCGAUACGCACUACCAGUCUCUAUCGGCCGGAAACGGCGACGCAUGGGCCCUGGUCUUUACCAACAUCAUUGUUCUAACGGUGGCCCUAGAUGCCCGUGUCGCUCGUGCAACCGCCUCCCAUCUAGUCAGCAUGAACGACGAUAUGCUCCCCUCCUUUCUGAAGAAUUGCGACCGAGCGUUAGCGGAUUUGAACCGGUUUACUGGGCCAUGUGUGAUCAAUGUUCAGGUGCUCUUGACUCUGGCUCUCGUCGCUAGAGAAUUCUAUAGCAGCGUGGUUUUUGAAAAGGUCUGUCAGACAUUGUGCCAAGUGGCCCGCUCCACGGGUCUUCAUAGGGCUCACGGAGCACGAAGCAUGAGAUGGGAAACGAUACCGGAACGUGAACGGCUGUUUUGGGUGGUCUACACCAUGGAUAAGCAGCGAGCCUUCCUGACAGGCCAACCCUGUGAUCUAUACUUAUUCGACUCCGAUAUCCAAUUGAGGAGCUGCGGGGAGCGUGCACCAUUCCCGCUGCGGCUCAAUGCUGCCUACGUACAUAUGAUGACGAUAUGGGAACAGAUUUUCAUCAAUCUCUAUUCUUCCCGAGCUGUCCUCGCCGGCACGGCCGAUCGAAGUCGCCAGGUGCAGCAGCUGUGGGGUUCAUUGAAUGAAUGGAACAUCAAAUACCAUGCGCUCCUGAGUUCACCCAUCCUCGAGAAGAUGACUGACCUAGCGCCCAUGCAGCUCGAGUUGAAAUACUGCUUCAUGGUGAGCCAGGUCCUCGUACAUCGCUGUGACCGCAAUGCACGCUCCCAGCAGCGGUAUCGGGAACCCGCCCGCAAUUCUCUCAAGCUCAUCGGUCAGGUCGCCGGGGAUCACCGUGGCAUCACGCUCGCGCGAUGUGCCGUCCUAGCCAGGAUGUUUCGAAACUAUCCGCUCGUCGCUAUCCAUGAUCUUUUCUCUUUCUGUUUGAUAGACGGCGAGCCGGAUAACACGGAGGACGGGCAACUCAUCCAUGAGACUCGCCGCCACCUCGAGCUCCUACACUAUGCGGACUUUCCUCAAGCGUACUUUGCCCGACUCGAGGUUGGGUUGAAAUGGUGUACCGACAUGCUGGAUACCAUCAAGGACUGCUUAUCCCGAUCUGCGGCAGCCAGUGACUGGGGACCAAUCGAUGGCUCUUCCACCGGCCUCUCCGACCGCACCCCCCCCUCAGAAUCUGAACUCUCGUCAAUACCCCCGGACGCGUGGGCCUCGCUGAACCUCGCGAUGGGCCGCGACGAGAUGCUUUGCGGUCUCAGCCCUUCAGGACCCCCAGAAGGCCUAUUAGACCCGGGAUUCUCUGCCUUUGGAUUGACCACGUCGUCUACAGGUGAUAGUACCGUCCCAGCAUUCGCUCAUGGUGGUGAUAACCCAGCAGUGACGAUGCAUCCAUCAAUGUGGGUACCGGCUGAAGUACCCUGUAGCUCCUCUGAACCCCUUUUCGACCCCGAAUUUACCCGAAGUAUAAUGUCAUGAUACCACUUUUGAUUUGACCACUAUUCCUUAUGUCACGGCCCGGGCGGC